AUGGGAGCUUUUGAUGGGGCGUUCGAUACGCUAAGAGGGGAUCAAGUGAAUCACGGAUUCUGGGGUGAACAUACCAGUACUAUAGAUUGGUGCGAAAACAACUACGUCCAUACACCCUAUAUAGCAGAAACGAUAAAUACAUUAACGAAUCUACCCAGUAUACUACUAGGUUUAUAUGGCUGUUUAUCAGUGAUCAAAAAUGGUUUACCGACAAGAUUCGCUUUUUGUUAUUUGGGCUUAAGUUUAAUUGGGAUUGGGAGUUUCGGCUUUCAUAUGAGUCUGAGGUGGGAAUGGCAGUUGAUGGACGAGCUGCCCAUGAUAUACGUCGUCUCAUACGCCGCUUAUCUCAUAUUGGAAACUUCACCAGGAAUGGACUGGAGAUUCGGGAUCAUAGGUGCUGCCAUAAUGAUUUCAUGGGAUAUAUUCGUUACUAUUUCCUAUAUAUACCUGCCAAAUCCAGUAUAUCAUCAAAUAGCAUUCGCUAUAAUCCUCAUAUCAACCACGUUCAGAACGAGUUAUCUGAUCUAUCAAUUACCUUCAAACCAUCCUUCAAAGGCGAAAAUCGGUAACACAAUGACAUGGGGCGUGAUCACUUUUGCCGUCGGUUUCGCCAUUUGGAAUGUCGAUAAUUUGUUUUGUACUUAUUUGAGGGAAAUAAGGAGUUUUUUAGGUCCUCUAGGUAUUUUCGUUGAAGGCCACGCAUAUUGGCAUUUGAUGACUGGAUAUGGAUCGUUCCUGAUUUUCACUGCAUCGAUAUUACUGCACCUCUGUAUAAAAGUAUCUCCAGACGCAUAUACGUUCAACGAAAAAGAUAUUUUCCCAGUUGUUUAUCCCGUAUCUUCUGCUCAACAAAAGAAGCUCAAGAUCGACUCGAAACAUAAACAUAAACAGAAUGGACAUGCUUCUGUUGCUCAAUAG